AGAUGGCGGACCCGGCCGAGUGCAACAUCAAAGUGAUGUGUCGCUUCAGACCUCUCAAUGAGUCUGAGGUGAACCGCGGCGAUAAGUACAUCGCCAAGUUUCAGGGAGAAGACACGGUCAUGAUCGCGUCCAAGCCUUAUGCAUUUGACCGAGUGUUCCAGUCCAACACCUCUCAAGAGCAAGUAUAUAAUGAUUGUGCAAAGAAGAUUGUUAAAGAUGUACUUGAGGGAUACAAUGGAACGAUAUUUGCAUAUGGACAAACAUCCUCUGGGAAGACACAUACAAUGGAGGGUAAACUUCAUGAUCCAGAAGGCAUGGGCAUUAUUCCAAGAAUAGUGCAAGAUAUUUUUAAUUACAUUUAUUCUAUGGAUGAAAAUUUGGAAUUUCAUAUUAAGGUUUCAUAUUUUGAAAUUUAUUUGGAUAAGAUAAGGGACCUGUUAGAUGUUUCAAAGACCAACCUUUCCGUUCAUGAAGAUAAAAACCGAGUUCCCUAUGUAAAGGGAUGCACAGAACGUUUUGUAUGUAGUCCAGAUGAAGUUAUGGAUACCAUUGAUGAAGGAAAAUCCAACAGACAUGUAGCAGUUACAAAUAUGAAUGAACAUAGCUCUAGGAGUCACAGUAUAUUUCUUAUUAAUGUAAAACAAGAGAACACGCAAACGGAACAAAAGCUGAGUGGAAAACUUUAUCUGGUUGAUUUAGCUGGUAGUGAAAAGGUUAGUAAAACUGGAGCUGAAGGUGCUGUGCUGGAUGAAGCUAAGAACAUCAACAAGUCACUUUCUGCUCUUGGAAAUGUCAUUUCUGCUUUGGCAGAGGGAAGUACGUAUGUUCCAUAUCGCGAUAGUAAAAUGACAAGAAUUCUUCAAGAUUCAUUAGGUGGAAACUGUAGAACCACUAUUGUAAUUUGCUGCUCUCCAUCAUCGUACAAUGAAUCUGAAACAAAAUCUACACUCCUGUUUGGUCAAAGGGCCAAAACAAUUAAGAACACAGUUUGUGUAAAUGUAGAAUUAACUGCAGAACAGUGGAAAAAGAAGUAUGAAAGAGAAAAGGAAAAAAAUAAGACCCUGCGGAACACCAUUCAGUGGCUUGAAAAUGAACUCAACCGGUGGCGUAAUGGAGAGACAGUGCCUAUUGAUGAACAGUUUGACAAAGAGAAAGCCAACUUGGAAGCUUUUGCAGUGGAUAAGGAUAUUACCAUCACCAAUGAUAAACCUGCAGCUACGAUUGGAGUUACUGGAAACUUUACUGAUGCUGAGAGAAGAAAGUGUGAGGAAGAAAUUGCUAAAUUGUACAAACAACUUGAUGACAAGGAUGAAGAAAUUAAUCAACAGAGCCAGUUGGUAGAGAAACUAAAGACACAAAUGUUGGAUCAAGAAGAGCUUCUGGCAUCGACCAGAAGAGAUCAAGAUAAUAUGCAAGCUGAACUGAAUCGCCUUCAAGCAGAAAAUGAUGCCUCUAAAGAAGAAGUAAAAGAAGUUUUACAAGCCUUAGAAGAGCUUGCUGUCAAUUAUGAUCAGAAGUCUCAGGAAGUUGAAGAUAAAACUAAGGAAUAUGAAUUGCUUAGUGAUGAACUAAACCAGAAAUCGGCAACCUUAGCAAGUAUAGAUGCUGAACUUCAGAAACUUAAGGAAAUGACCAACCACCAGAAAAAACGAGCAGCUGAGAUGAUGGCAUCUUUACUAAAAGACCUUGCAGAAAUAGGAAUUGCUGUAGGAAAUAAUGAUGUAAAGCAGCCUGAGGGAACUGGCAUGAUAGAUGAAGAGUUCACUGUUGCAAGGCUCUACAUUAGCAAAAUGAAAUCAGAAGUAAAAACAAUGGUAAAACGCUGCAAACAGUUAGAAAGCACGCAAACUGAGAGCAACAAAAAAAUGGAAGAAAAUGAAAAGGAGUUAGCAGCAUGCCAGCUUCGUAUCUCUCAACAUGAAGCCAAAAUCAAAUCAUUGACUGAAUACCUUCAAAAUGUGGAGCAAAAGAAAAGACAGCUAGAGGAAUCUGUCGAUUCCCUCAGUGAAGAACUAGUCCAACUUCGUGCACAAGAGAAAGUGCAUGAAAUGGAAAAGGAGCACUUAAAUAAAGUUCAGACUGCAAAUGAAGUUAAGCAAGCUGUUGAACAGCAGAUCCAGAGCCACAGAGAAACACAUCAAAAACAAAUUAGUAGUUUGAGAGAUGAAGUUGAGGCAAAAGAAAAACUUAUUACUGAUCUUCAAGACCAAAACCAGAAAAUGAUGUUAGAACAGGAACGUCUGAGAGUAGAGCAUGAGAAAUUGAAAGCUACAGAUCAGGAAAAGAGCAGAAAACUACAUGAACUUACAGUCAUGCAAGAUAGACGAGAACAAGCAAGACAAGACUUGAAAGGUUUGGAAGAGACAGUGGCAAAAGAACUUCAGACUUUACACAACCUGCGUAAGCUCUUUGUUCAGGACUUGGCCACCAGAGUUAAAAAGAGUGCCGAGAUUGAUUCUGAUGACACUGGAGGCAGUGCUGCUCAAAAGCAGAAGAUCUCCUUUCUUGAAAAUAAUCUUGAACAACUCACUAAAGUGCACAAACAGUUGGUACGUGAUAAUGCAGAUCUUCGCUGUGAACUUCCUAAGUUGGAAAAGCGACUUAGAGCUACAGCUGAGAGGGUAAAAGCUUUGGAGUCAGCACUGAAAGAAGCCAAAGAAAAUGCAUCUCGUGAUCGCAAACGCUAUCAGCAAGAAGUAGAUCGUAUAAAGGAAGCAGUCAGGUCAAAGAAUAUGGCUAGAAGAGGACAUUCUGCACAAAUUGCUAAACCUAUUCGUCCUGGGCAACAUCCAGCAGCUUCUCCAACUCAUCCAAGUGCAAUUCGUGGAGGAGGUGCAUUUGUUCAGAACAGCCAGCCAGUAGCAGUUCGAGGUGGAGGAGGCAAACAAGUGUAACCUCUACACAUUACCCACAGGCAUUGAAAGUAAUUGAAUAUGAAGAGGACAUAAUAUCAAGCAGAGUCUUUCAGUGACU